UGGGAUCUGAUUGGACCUGCGGCGCUCACGUGGUAAAUUGCUCCCUGACUUCCGGCAAUAAAGAGCGCCGUCACGUGUUUCUAAGCUGAUCAACUUGAUAGUAACAAGUGAAUGAAUGGAGACCGGAAAUGACCUUAAAUUUCAAGAAUUUGAUGAUGCAACUAAUCUGCUUGCUGCAAACCCGGAUGCCACUACUGUGAGUAUUGGUGACCCAGAUGAGCCGGCGGGCCCCCAGCAAGGGCACAGGCCUAAAGAAGAAGAAGACGACCUGUUAGGGAAUGAAGAUUCUGAUAAAACAGAGCUGCUUGCAGGACAGAAGAAGAUUGCUCCUUUCUGGACAUUCGAGUAUUACCAGACAUUUUUCGAUGUUGACACGUAUCAGGUUCUGGACAGGAUAAAAGGUUCUGUUUUACCAAUACCAGGAAGAAACUUUGUUAGGUUGUAUGUAAGAAGUAAUCCAGAUCUUUAUGGGCCUAUCUGGAUUUGUGCCACGCUGAUAUUCACCAUCACAAUCAGUGGGAAUCUAUCCAAUUUCUUGCUGCAUCGGGGACAAUCUCAAUACCGCUAUGUGCCAGAGUUUAGAAAAGUAUCCAUUGCUGCCACAGCCAUCUAUGCCUAUGCCUGGUUAGUGCCGCUGGCUCUCUGGGGUUUCCUUUCAUGGCGACACAGUAAAGUAAUGAGCAUGGUGUCCUAUUCCUUCCUGGAGAUUGUGUGUGUCUACGGCUACUCCCUUUUCAUCUACAUCCCAACUUCUAUAUUGUGGAUUGUCCAUUCUGAGAUUCUACGCUGGGUCCUCAUGUCUUUAGCCAUGUGUCUGUCUGGUGCUGUUUUGAUGCUGACGUUCUGGCCGGCUGUACGCGAGGAUAACCGAAAAAUCGCCAUCUCCACACUUGUGGCCAUCAUGGUCCUUCAUGUAUUGCUAGCGGUUGGUUGUGGGCAAUAUUUCUUUGAUCAACCUGAAAGUGACCACGCACAACACACUGUGACGUCUAUUAUUAACAUGACAAAAAGAACACCACAGAACCGCUAAUAGCAGAUGCCUCCUCAAUGUGUUCUCUCACAGUGGAAAAGUUGGGUCCAAACUUUAUUCGGUGGAGGGGUGCUGGGUCUUUUGUGGGUCACAUGACAAGCUGCUCUGGGCUUCUUGCGGUUUAUCCUUUUAUAUUAUUCUUUAAUUUAUUUAUGUUUUGUUUUAAUGAUAUAUUAUGCAACAGUAAAGUGAAAGCUGAAGACACUGGAUACCGAAAAUUUUUCUUAAUGUUAUCUAUUUGUUAUCUAAUGUUAUCUUUUGUAUUGAAUUGCACUUUGGGUAAUCUAAGGCUGGGUCCAGAUAACAUUUUUUUCACCGUGGAUCUUGCCUCCAGAGCAGUGUUUCUCAACCUGGGUGCCUCCAGCUGUUGCAAAAGUACAACUCCCUGCAUGCCCAGACAGUCUUUUGGCUGUUCGGGAAUGAUGAGAGCUGUAGUUUUGCAACAGCUGGAGACACCCUGGUUGAGAAACACUGAUGUAGAGUAACAUUCACGUGUUACAUGCAGAUUUUAGGCAGAGAAACUGUUUACAUGAAAUCUGCAGCAUAUUUUCUGCAUGUGAACAUGCCCUUAUAAUGAAAUUCUUUUUCUUUGCUUUUUUUCAUGCAUAAAUCUUUUUGCAUAAAUUAGCAAUCAUAGGUAUUUAUUUUCAUUUUAAAGAGUUAUUGUAACAACUUUUAACGUGUUGCUUUUUUGUCAAAAAGUUUACAUCGCAUUGCGCCUCACUUUUGAGACCCGCUGCAAUAGCGAUAUACAAAGUUCAAAUGACAAUGACCGUUUUAAAGUGGUUUUCCCAGAAAUAUACAUGACGCAGAUAGGCUAUCACCCAGUUAUCCCAUUGACCAGCAGAAAAUUGGAGCUUGGUAUGUGACUCAAAUAUAUGUAUAUUCACUUAAAUGUGUGGAGCCUUUAUCAGUCAAAAUAGUUUCCAUCAGGACGUGCUCACUGUCCUCUUAUGUAAGAAAAGGCUUUCCAAUGCCUUGAAAUCUAAUGAGCAGUAAUAUGAGCUCCCACUUUUCACAUCAUGGGUCUUGCCCUGAGCAGACAGGAGGGGGGCAGAAACAGGAGCUCUGCUUCAGAGAGUGUAACGUGAUGUCACCGCUACAAGCCAGACAGCUCAGCUCAUAUGGACUAAAAGCAUUAUAUUAGUAGAAUGCUUUAUUAAACUUUUUGACACCACACACAGGUCGUUUCUUUCACUUGAUUUUAAUGGGUUGUCUGUUUAAUACAGUACAGGUCCUCUAGAGCAGUGGUCUUCAACCUGCGGACCUCCAGA